AUGAAAGAGAUUUUCGAGUUUGGUGUAGAUGUAGCAAUAGCAAACUCGGACGCCAGCAAGUCUAGCCAACGCACCAACACAAUCCAGCCAUUACAUCACACGCACGCUCGUCCACGCGCGCACGCACGCACAGUGCGCCUCAAGGGAUAUGACCCUCUACUCAAUCUUGUCCUCGAUGAUACCACCGAAUUCCUUCGAGAUCCAGAUGAUCCUUACAAAUUGACGGAAGACACGCGAAUGUUGGGCUUGGUGGUGUGCCGUGGCACUUCUGUGGUGCUCAUAUGUCCGGUUGACGGCAUGGAAAGUAUACCCAACCCUUUCGUUCCACAAGACUCUUGAAAUAUUAUUUCCAUUUUUCAAUUAAUAUUAAGCAAU